UCAACAUUAGCAACUAAAACGCAAACAAAAAAAACAGUAGAUGAUUAUAAAAAGAAACAACAACGAAAAUUAGAAUUAAAAAUGAUGGAAGAUUUAAGUGCAAUCGCACAAAGAUGUUUGAAGGAUGUAUUAAAGGGUGGACGAAACGAACCAACCAUAACAACAAAACGCCAGCAAAUAUCAAACGAGCAGUAUAUGUUUCUUCGAAAAAAAUUUAGCAUAAGUUAA